AUGGUCGGAGAAAAGCUGCUGGCUUGCAUGUUGGUCAAUUGGUUAAGCCUGACGCUAAUGAGGUCAGUUUACGGUCAGCACAUACCAGAAGAACCAUGCUCUGUCCAGAUCCUUGUUCCUGGACUCAAAGGUGAACCUGGAGAGAAGGGGGAUAAAGGAGCACCUGGCAGACCUGGGAGACUUGGGCCACCUGGAGAGACAGGUCCCCCUGGACUCAAAGGUCACAAAGGUGGCAUGGGACGUUAUGGGAAGAUGGGUCCACCUGGAUUCAAAGGAUUAAAAGGCGAUAUGGGAGAUUCAGGACCAAAGGGCCCAAAUGGGGAGCCAGGGGUCCCCUGCGAGUGCGCACCCUUACGGAAAAUUAUCGGCGAAAUAGACAUUCAAGUGGCACAAUUAACCAACGAGCUGAAGUUCAUUAAAAAUGCACUGCCCUCCCCCGCAGCUGUCGCUGGCAUCAAAGAGACAGACAGCAAGGUCUAUCUGCUGGUGAAAGAAGAGAAACGCUACAGGGAGGCUGAGUUGUUUUGUCAGGGGCGCGGCGGACACCUGGCCAUGCCCAAGGAUGCAGCUUCCAACAGAGCCAUUGCUGGUUACAUCACCGACGCCGGCCUUAGCAGAACAUAUAUCGGCAUGAACGACCUGGAGCGAGAAGGCCACUUCGUGUACGUGGAGCGAUCGCCCAUGACAACUUUCAGCAGGUGGAGGGAGGGGGAGCCUAACAACGCUUAUGAUGAUGAGGACUGUGUUGAGAUGGUUUCAUCGGGCGAGUGGGUUGACGUCGCUUGUCACCUCACCAUGUACUUUGUGUGUGAGUUCGACAAGGACACUGUAUGAGCUACACUAAGAAACCAGAUAAUCAAAGCGACAGGUCCCCUUAAAAAUUCUGUCAUCAUUUACUCGUCCUCAUUGUUCAUGCAAAAUUCUAAGAAAUUCGUUGGACUUUCUUUCUUGCGUGCAGUGCCAUGACAGCUGCCACCCUAAAAAUGAGCUUUGCCACCCCAGUAGCAUACUUACUGUAUUUAAUGUACAAACAAUUCAUGGAUAUCUUGGCCACUUCAGUUAUUAGAUGGGAAGAUAAGUCUGAUCAUAGCGUGUACCCUCAGACAGGAGCGGAAGUUUAACUGCUGUAGAGUCGAAAGAACACGCUUGUGACACAAGUACGUAUAUCUCCACGCAUCAAAUUAACCAAAGCAAAGCUUUCAUUUGAGUUGCGUGUUCUGGCAUGGGUUUUAAAUUGUCAUUCAAGUCACUGUGAUUUUAGGAGACAUAACUUGCAUUUAUGUGGAAAAACCAUCAAUCGCAACCCUAUUGAAUUUUUUUUACAUCAAAAUAAUAAGUGGAACAGUACUAAGUCACAUGACCAUACAGUUCAGAAUCUCUCAUUUUGCUG